AUUUCCUUCGGUUAUCCGCUUCAUUGUCGCAUAUCGCAUUGCAUAUAACUUGAUAGACUCUUGGAGCUUUGUUUUUGGUUCUUUUGUGCGGACCAACCUCCAAUCUCAGCCUCCCCGUCAGCCUGACCCACCCAUCAUGACGCAGCCAUCAUUAAACAAAACAUUUGAUACCUCCCUAGUCGAUCUUUCACCGUUACAUGCACACGAAUCCUUCUCGACAACUGAAUCGGCUCCGUCAGAAGACUAUAAACAGGCUCUAGACCAUCAAGUGACGUCCACGGGGGCCGUGCCUCCCCCGCUUCGUGUAUCGUCGCCCAAGUUCGAGGAGGCAUCUACAUCGACGCGGAAGAUGCCGACACGCUACGUGCCCACAGUCGAAGCAUACGACUCGUGGGCGGAGGUAUACGACUCUGACGGGAACGUACUCCAAGCCGUCGAUGACGACGAGCUCGGCGAUGGUGGUGGUAUGUUGCGCGACUACGUGAUGAAAAUUUCCGAACUUUCACGUCCGGGCACAUCUCUGAACAUCGUCGACCUUGGUUGCGGGACAGGGCGUAACACGGUCGCUCUGAUGAGUCAGGAUUGGCCCAGCCAUAUGCUCGUCAACAUCACAGGUAUCGAUGCCAGCAGGGCCAUGCUGAACAAAGCUGCUAUGAAGCUCGAAGCUGCCAAAGCGACUUUAGACCCCGAGAUUCGAUCCAGAAGGACACUAACGUUGUUGCAACAUGACUUCUUGGAUCCAGUUGACGCCAAUAGGCCGCCCAUCCUGCUGGACGAGAGAUCAUUUGUGGCAGCGAGCAGCGACCUAAGCAGUCCAAUUCUUCCGCCGUACGAUGGUCUCCUCACAACACUGGUGCUUGAACACUUUCCCUUGCCAACCUUUUUCGCGCUCCUUGCUUCGCUUAUCAAACCAGACGGUAUCGCCCUGUUGACAAAUAUGCAUUACAACAUGGGCAUGCGAUCGCAAGCUGGUUUUGUAGCGCAAGAUGAAGAUGGCCAGGCCAUCAAGGUAAGAGGCACAAGCUGGGUCCACGGAACGUCAGAAACGGUCGACGAAGCGGCCAAGGCCGGUUUUACGGUUAUUGGGCAGGUGAAAGAGAGGACUGUGACGGAGGAGAUGGUUGAGAAAAAGGUCGUCGGGGAAAGGGGGCGAAAAUGGAUUGGUGUCAAGGUCUGGUACGGGAUGUUGCUGAGAAAAGUCAAGUGAUCACACCUAGCUAGUUACAUAAGACCGAGGAUUACGUUGGAAGAAAUAGAAUUUUCCGUC